AUGUAUAGCUUUGUGGACCAACUACGCCAGCACAGGCGGAAACUUCUUUUAUUAUGUGUGGCCCUAGCAACGCUUGCUGUAAUAUGCGAGGCACAAGAAUCCUCGUUUUCGGUGAGUCUUAGUUCUGGGGAGCCUCUGCUACCUUGCGUGUACAGAGGAAUCCCAUACCUCCACGGAGAGGAAUGGAAAGUAGACGAAUGCACCACUUGUGCCUGCGACAACGCCACGACGACCUGUGUGAUUGAGAGUUGUCAGCCCGCCUUCUGCGCUGAGCCAAUAAAACCGGAGGGAGAAUGCUGCUUCCUCUGUCCUUACAACGUAAGGGUGAGGAGGGUUACCCCUGAAAUCACGAGCUCAAACACGAUCGCUGAAGGUGGAGACAACAGCCUUGUUCUUGAUAUUCCUAUUAAGUUCCAGGAAGCACAGGAUACCACCGGUGUCGUAGGAGAGAACCUCUGGAGACUCAGUAUGUGGGCCUCAGCGACCCCUGAUGGCAGAGGGGCAAGGUUCGGGUAUCAAAGAAAUGUCAUUGACGAGGAACAAAUGUCAAAGUACUACAAGAAGAAAGAAGCUUUCGCUUUCCGCGAUGUCGAGUACAACUUUAAUGACCCCAUGGCGGAAUGUUCCGACAUGAAUUACAUCUGCGCUCGCAUCGACCGAGGAGACAACCCCACCACCAAGGGUAACUUAGGCUACGAGUUUUCAGGGUGGCCCGACGAAUACGCCCAGAUCGGUUGCACCGGAGCUCCAGAGUGUAAAGGAAUUGUUGCUGAGGAUAUGGACUGGACAUUGGAGCCUCUGGAGACGGUCAUUCCAGGACAACCAACAUCGGUCAGCAUUGAUAACAACGUGGCCUUCCGUGCAGGCAACCCUACUCUGUCCGGUAUGGGUUUGUGGCGAAUGGGUGUCUUUGGCAGCAGGAACAUGCAAGGUACAGGCGAUAAAUUCGGCUACGUCUCUCAGACCCUGAGCAGACCUCAGCAGAGUACCACCCUGGAAGAGAACGAUGCUCUAGAGGUGAUGGAUGCGGUGACCGACUUCGAGAUUGGUUCCAUCGGUUGCAAUGACUACGGGUAUGUCUGCGUCGACUUCACCGGUGGGGAUGCUCCAAGCCCAACCUACUUUUUCCGUGUGGCCGGGGCUAUUGAUUCCACUCGGGCGGCAAACACCCUCGUUAAAUGUAAAGAACAGGAGUGUCUUGCAAAUCUCUGGGCGGAAUCUCUAGAUUGGUCACUGACUCCAACAGGACGAGUUCUGCCCGGUCAAGAAUCUGAGGUUAGCAUUGCCAGCAACGUCAUGUUUGAAAUGGACAACCGGCCAGUUGAAGGACAGGGACUGUGGAGACAGGGUAUUUACGGAAGCAGAAACCGCGACGGAACAGGAGAAAAGUUCAACUACAAGACACAGACCCUUGAUAGAAUGCAAGAAGCACUCCCUCUGGAACAGGAUAGCUCGCUUGAGAUUCCCGAAGCAAUGACGGAGUUUGAGAUUGGCACAGUUGGUUGCAAUGAUUUCGGCUACGUUUGCGUAGAAUUUACGGGUGGAGAUGACCCUGAGCCGCUGUACUACUUCCGGGUAGUAGGAUCACCGACAGAUAAGUCCGAGGACAAUACACUUGUCCUUUGCAAGGAGCAGGAGUGUUUGUCGAGGGCUAUAUUUACCGACUUGGAGGCCGAUCUUGGCGAGCAGGUCAUUGUCGAAAACAAGAACAACCCACUUACCGUGGACUUGACCGGUAUCACGCACGACGACUCCACAAACGUGGUCGGGGAAGAACUCUGGUUGGUUGGUGCGUAUGCCAGCAUGAAUCCUGAGGGCACUGGAACAAAGACCGGCUACGUGGAGCAAAUCUUAGACCUUGACGGUUCAGCUACAGACCUCAACGAUGAUGAGAAUUUGAUGAUGGAUGGCAAAGACUUCGAAUUCGACAUGACGGGAAUCCGUUGUGCAGAGGCCCCUUACCUCUGCUUUGAUCUGGAUAAGAAUCCUAGGGCCAGUGUCAGCUACAUCUUUGAGGAUCGUCCCGAUGAAUCAGUUACAACCACAUGUAUCGACAUGAGAGAACGCUGCAAGGGCGCUGUUGCUCGAGAUAUCGAAUGGGAAGCGGAAAUCGGAGAUGCUCCAUUUGGACAACCAUCUCCUCUGACCAUCGAUGCAGAUGUAUUGUUCGAUCCAGAUAGUCCCGACGUAGCUGGAGAUGGUCUAUGGCAGUUGGGUGUCUUUGCGGCUAAAAUGCCUGAUGGCACCGGACCCCGCAGAGAUGAGGUGACACAAACCCUCGACCCUUACAACCAAGCCUUGCCUCUCGAAGAAGGUGGUCCUCUGGGAUUCGGCAGUAUCGACGUCCCUUUCCCCAUCGACGAGCUCGGUUGUGACGACUACAGAUGGCUGUGUAUCGAAUUCAAAAGGGGUGAAUCACCCAACCCUGAUUUUGGAUUCACCACCGAGAGCGGGGAAGACUCCAUCAUUAGCUGCAAAGAGCAAAAGUGUCGAGGCGUUGAAAUUGAUAGCCUCACAUCCUCUCCGACUGAUGUCCUCACGGACUUGAUGCUACGCGAAGGCAACGCUGACAACCCACUGACAUACAACUCCGUCGCUACCACUACCGACGAGUCAGGUACAGUGCGAGGUGUGGACCUCUGGACACUCAGCCAGUGGGGUAGCGAGAACGCCAACGGAGACGGACCUCAAAACAAUUUCCAGGAGUCCGUCCUAUCGGAUUACUUUGCUGCCCUUCCAGUCAUGAUGUCAGGAGAAACCCUCGAUUUCGUCCCGCUGGUCACAAACUUCGACAUGACCGAUCUCAAGUGUCCCCAGGUCAAAUACAUUUGUAACGAGGUCAACCGAGAUCAAGGCUCACAACCAGAGUUCCAAUUUACCGGUGUUCCAGACGAAUCUGUGUUGAGAAGCUGUUUCGAGGUGCCCGAUGAUGCUUGCAAAGGUGUUAUCUUCGACGAUUUGGACUGGGACAUGACCCCCAUGGGACCGGUCACGGCUGAUGCACCUGAUGACGUCCUCUUCAACGUAGACCUUAGCACCUUACCUGACAGUGGAUCAGCCGAUGGUGAUGGACUCUGGCGAAUCGGAGUCUUCGGCGCUCAAAAUGUAGAUGGAGCCGGACCCCGUCUUGGCUACCUCCGUCAGAUCCUGGACCGUAAUGAAGCCUCCACCCCCGCAGCAGGUGCUGGAGAACCACUGGAGCUGAAGAAUCUGGCCACCGAAUUCGAUUUGUCUCAGAUCGGAUGUGACUCGGAGUACACCUUCCUGUGUCUUGAGUUCUCCAAGGGUAUGCGUGCCAACCCUGACUUUGAGUUCGAGGUACAAGGCGGUGGCGAUGUCAUCAUCAGUUGUAAGGAGCAACCUUGUCGUAGACCUGUCAUUGUCACCGACGUGGAAACGGAUCUACUUGGAAACGGUCGAGUUAACGAGGGAACUCGCAACAACCGUAUCCUGUACGAUAUGACUGCCAUCGCCGAUCCUUCCAGCGGUAAGGCCGAGGGACGGGACCUCUGGGAAAUGACCACUUUUGGUAGCACAUUCCCAGACGGUCGAGGCCAGCGAUUCAAGCCUGCGACAGCGUACACGUUCACUCAGUACCAGAAGGAUAGACCAGCUUCCCCUGGUGAGGACAUCCGUUACGGAGCCGUGGACACCAAUUUCGACAUGACUGGACUGACUUGCAACCAGAUCAGGUACUUCUGUUCUGAGCUGCGCAAGGGUGAAUAUGCCUCUCCUGACUACCAGUUUGUCGCCAAGCCCGAUGAGGAUGUGCUCGUAGACUGCUUCGAACUCAACUGUGAAGGUGUUGUGAUUGAUAACACACGUUUGACGCUGAAUAGCGAUGACGAGCUUGAAGAUGGACCCAACGAAUUGAACUUCGACUUCCGAGUUGACUCCAAUCCCAAUGGUGGUGACGCUGAGGGGGAUAACCUGUGGCGUCUGGAGACCUUCACUUCCAACAGCGGCGACGGAUCAGGUCGUCGCGAUAUCCUCAAGCAGCAGACCUUGGAUCCUGCUGACGCGAGCACAGACCUGGGGGCCGGCAACAGCAUGGUGUUCCGCAACCUGAACGCCAUGGUGGACUCGGCCGACGUCAAUUGCGAGGAGGACUACUACCUCUGCGCCGAGAUUACGAAGCACGAGAGUUCCAGCCCUGAUUUCUCAAUGGAAGGCUCAAGGGAAGAUUCCACUACAAGUUGUAAAUUAGUUAAGUGUAAGAAAGCAGAGCCCCCUCCAGUUCAAGGGCGACCCGGACCUAAGGGUGCUAGAGGCGAACCCUUCGAGAUUCCACCUGGUAUGGUAGGACCCCCUGGACGUGCUGGACUACCCGGAACAGUUGGAUACCGUGGACGCCGUGGACCCAAUGGACUUGGUGGACCCCCUGGAUCUCGUGGAGAGGAUGGUCGCGACGGUCGAUCUGGAGGACGUGGACGCCCUGGACCCCCUGGACCCCCCGGACCAACUGGUGAAGUUGCCGCCGCUGCCCAAACCUCAAAGGGACCAAGUUGGAACGCAGCUGCCUUCCCAUACAUGCGUGGAGCAAUGGCAGUGGGACUACCUGGAUCGGCUGGUUAUGCUGGUACCCGUGGAAACCGAGGACCUGCUGGUAUGCGUGGACCCUCUGGACAAUCAGGACCUUCUGGACCUAUCGGUUCUGCUGGACCACGCGGACCACGUGGUGAAGACGGUCCUGAUGGAGAUGAUGGCAAGAAUGGCGCCCUGGGACAACUCGGAUUCCCCGGUGAACCCGGACGACCUGGGUCUGCUGGAUCCCCUGCAAGAAAUGGAGCUCCUGGACACAAAGGAUGGACCGGUAUGUUCGGAAGGAAGGGAGCCCGUGGAGAUAGGGGAGAAUCUGGAAGCGCUGGACUCGAAGGUGUUGGCGGAUCCGUGGGAGCAAUUGGAAACGCUGGAGCUCGUGGACUGCCUGGAUCAACUGGACAAACUGGACAAAAGGGAAUUGUCGGAGAACGCGGAAGCACUGGCGAAGUUGGAGAUAAUGGACGCAUUGGUAACACCGGACCUAUGGGCGUUUCCGGAGCAGUCGGGUUGAGCGGAGCCAAGGGACAAGUUGGAAGCUCUGGAGAACAAGGAACACCCGGUACAGUCGGUCUGCUGGGCGAGACUGGCAAGCGUGGCGCUCAUGGAAGUGCCGGAGCACCGGGAACACCCGGAGCAAACGGCGAUGGUGGCUCUAUGGGAGAAGUUGGUAUUGCAGGAGACCUGGGUUUGCCAGGACAGAACGGCGCACCCGGAACCCAGGGCACAACUGGUAUUGAAGGAAUCGAUGGCGAACGUGGAAACCCAGGAUUGAUCGGAUUUGUUGGUGUGGAUGGUCCCCGUGGAGCCGCCGGAUCUAGGGGCCAGCGUGGAAUAGUCGGAGAGCAAGGACGUGUUGGAAGCCAGGGAGAGUCUGGAGAACAAGGUUUAACUGGACCAACUGGAUCUCGUGGAUCUAUGGGAGAACCUGGACCUAGUGGAGCUCCAGGUCUCCUUGGAGCUGGUGGUCUGAAGGGAACUCUGGGAGACAACGGAGAGGCAGGAGCCGCUGGAACCCCCGGAGAAGCAGGAACUAGGGGAUCACCAGGUUCAGCCGGAACCCCAGGAUCGACAGGAGAAAAUGGCCACCCUGGAGAAGACGGUCUAGCUGGCAGCGAUGGAAAGACUGGUGCAACUGGCUCACAAGGCAGGGAUGGAGCUUCCGGAGCAGCAGGAGAGAGGGGAGCUACUGGCCCACCAGGACAGCAGGGACCCCCUGGUCUGGGUGGAGAAUCUGGAAUCAGCGGAUCUCGUGGUGCCCCUGGAUCACCAGGAACCCGUGGAGAGGCUGGCGAAGAAGGAGAACCAGGAGCAGCCGGACAGGUUGGACUUCCAGGAUCCCAAGGAAGGCGUGGAGAUGAUGGACCUCAAGGACCCGGCGGUAUUGCAGGACUACAGGGACAAACAGGAAUGGAUGGUAACACCGGAGCUCGUGGAUCCCGUGGAGACCGCGGACCCAUUGGACAAACUGGAACCAUGGGAGCUACUGGCGAAGUUGGAGAACAAGGUCUUCGUGGGGCUGCUGGACUUCAGGGUCCCGGUGGUCUUGUAGGAGAGCGUGGAGUUGAUGGACGUGCUGGGCGACAAGGAGAAGUUGGACUCACUGGAUCAGGUGGUAUCGGUGGACCUCCAGGACUCCGUGGACUACAGGGACCUCCUGGACUCCGUGGAGGAGUUGGACCUACCGGAUCAAUGGGAGAGGAUGGUGAUCCAGGUGUUUCUGGACAGCAAGGAUCCUCUGGAAGGACUGGAGAGCGAGGAAGCCAAGGACCACCUGGACCCACCGGACCUGGUGGAGGACGAGGACAAAAUGGAGAGAGUGGAGGACCAGGAGAGAACGGACCUGAUGGAGCUCAGGGAACACGCGGUAUCCUCGGAGAGAAGGGAUCAGGAGGACCUCGCGGAAUCCCUGGAAAUCCCGGUCCAGGAGGAGCUCCCGGUGAACGUGGAUCAGCAGGUAACCCAGGAGAGAAGGGAGAGGCCGGACCAUCAGGUGUUCAAGGACGUUCAGGACGUGUUGGACAAGCUGGUCAGCCCGGAGCCCGUGGAUCUCGUGGAGAGACCGGUCUUGAAGGAUCAGUCGGACCUCUCGGAAGCCCCGGUAUGAACGGACCUACAGGAGCUCGUGGUGAAAUGGGCCCAACUGGAAACUCUGGAAAUAAUGGAAAGACUGGAGAUCUUGGACAACAGGGAUCUCGAGGACCUCAGGGUAACCCCGGAUUAAUGGGAGAGCGUGGUAUCGAAGGACUUCAGGGACCAACAGGAGCUUCAGGAGAAUCUGGCCGUCCUGGCAACAUGGGACCCCGUGGACCCGUUGGAAACAGUGGAUCCCCAGGAACUCUCGGAUCAGGCGGUCUUGGCGGAUUGACUGGACCCACCGGACCUGCUGGACCCGCUGGACGACCCGGAUCCGAGGGAGCCCCAGGAAACCCUGGAAAUGACGGACUUCGUGGAGAUGAUGGAGGCAAGGGACCUAAUGGCGCCCAGGGAGCUCGUGGAAUUUCUGGAAGCAACGGCCGUGAUGGAAAGGAUGGCAAACCUGGAAUUCCUGGAAUGGAGGGAUCUAGGGGAGAUACAGGAGUAAGAGGAUCGGAAGGUAUCGCCGGCAUCGCUGGACCUAGGGGAGUACUUGGUGCUCUCGGAGCCCAGGGAGAACGCGGACACCGUGGCAAGAUUGGAAGCCAAGGAUCCGUUGGAAGCCACGGAGAAGAUGGAUCUACUGGUCCAAUGGGUUCAGUCGGACCUGCUGGUCCUCGUGGAGAGACCGGUUCAUCUGGACCUUCGGGACACAAAGGACAAAAUGGUAUGCCCGGAGCACCCGGCGCUGGCGGAAAAGCUGGAGAAUCUGGACCACGUGGAGAGCAAGGCUCUGAUGGAGUUCGUGGUCUUCCAGGAAACAAUGGAGCCAACGGAAAGAACGGAAAGGAAGGACCCCGUGGACCCCCAGGACUCCGUGGAUCAUAUGGUACUCGUGGAGAGCGUGGAACCUAUGGAACCGAAGGACCACCCGGACCACCUGGACCUCCCGGACCUCCUGGUGAAGUUCAAAUGAGCGGAUUUGCCUUCCAGCCACAACAAUCUCAGCAAUCAAAGGGACCAAGCCAGUACUCUCAUUACUACCGUGACGAGAUCCCCAAGACCGUUGAAGAACUGGACCGCACCAAGUUUGAGAUGUACCUCGCCAAGUUCGAAUUCCAGAUCCAGAGCAUGUACGCCCCCAUCGGCAGCAGGGAAAUGCCAGCACGCAGCUGCAAGGACCUCUUCAAAUGCUUCCCCGAUGCCCUUGAUGGUGAUUAUUGGAUCGAUUCUAACGAGGGUUCCGUCAAGGAUGCCUACCUAGCUCAGUGCGUAAGGGACGGCGCAGAUGGCAACCCAGAGACUUGCAUCCACCCAAGAUCAGCCACUAUUUCCCGUGCUCCAUGGUACCGUGGUAACUCAGGACACCACUACAUCAGCCAGAUGAACGGACUCGAGAAGUUCUCUUACGAAGCCAGCGAGGUCCAGAUGACCUUCCUGCGUCUGCUGUCCAACAAGGCACACCAGAACGUGACCUACCACUGUAAGAACUCUGUGGCUGUACGCGACAGGCAGACUGGAUCAACAGAGCAGGCUCUGAGACUCAUGACAACAUCAGAUGUAGAAUUAUCACUUGAUGCACCAAGCCAGGAGCAAUACGAAGUUAUUGAAGACGGAUGCCAGCUCCGAACAGGAGAAUGGGGCCAGACAGUUAUAAACUAUUCCACCAGGAGAAAUACCCGUCUCCCAAUUGUUGAUGUCGCUCCUUCAGAUAUUGGAAGAGAAGACCAAGAAUUUGGCAUCACUCUGGGACCCGUCUGUUUCUCAUAAUUUAAAGAAACCGACUUGACAGUAUUCUAACUUCUCGUGUGAAACCCCAUCCAAAGAAACCAUGAAACGAACAAAUUAUAUAAAUGAUGAAUUAUUUGGUAAUAGCGCCGAAUUGCUUCUGACAGCCUUUUUUGGAUAUGAACUUGUUUACACUUGGGAGAUGGUGACCAUUUUCUUUAUUUUCACAAAGCAAUACGAAAUUUUUGUAGGGAAGCUUCAUUUUAAAAAUACAUCUCCGGAAAAUUAGAAAUCCUACAUUCAAUGGGCUGUCCAGUAAGAUUAUACCAGCAAUAUAAAAGUGCCUUCUGUGGUUUACCUUAAAAUGAUCGUUAACAUUUUAGCUCUGUUCGAAAGAAAGUAUGCCGUCCUAGAGACAACUUCUGACAAAAUACCAGUACGAUCGGUUUUGUUCCAUGUACAUGUAUGUGUGUGAUCCCAAGUCAUUCCUGUAGUAUAUAGCUAUAGUCUAUAUCGUUCCUUAGAUGUUUUGCCCUAAUUUUCCUUUCAUUUGAUGUAGUUUUUCAGAUACCAUGAUAACCAUUUAGUCUAGAUUGCAGUGUUCACAUAUCGAAGUAGAUAAUUUAGAAUUACUCUAGAUUUGAACAUUUUCAUCUGUAAUUCCAUAGAUUUGCAUGUGUAUACCAACGAGAUUUGUAGACAGUAGGUUCCAUCCCCCCCCCUCCCCACCCAUCAUGCCCAUUGUUGUGUAUUGUGUAGCUCCCUCAUUCCCCUGGAAUUAUAUCAGUCUGAACGAUUCAAACGAUUGAUUCUGUUUUUGUUGAUAUUGUACAUAGUAUAGAAACAUUAUCUCAAGACCGCUAGGCCUUUGGUUUAAAUUCAGCCGGUGCAUGCUGGGUAAAGUAACCAUAGCAACGAUAUUGUGAUGAAGUAUAGUACUGGGUCUGGCAUGGAACGUUGACGUGAGAAAGAUUUAUUUGUUUGCAAUUAUGAGAUGUAUAAUGUUAAUGAUCAUUUUGAAGUAAAAACACAAAAUAUUGAAAAAAGAAGAAAUUAUAUAUUAUUGAUGAAUGUAUAAAAACAAGUUCAGAGCAUCCCUACAAA